AUGAGCCAAAGCCGUGUUCCUAUAAGGUAUGGAGCCUUUAUUCACCUCUCCUGCGACGAAGGGUACGUUACAGCGGGAGGGUUGGGUAAUGAAGGGUUGUUCAUACGGAACAAGAAUGAGCUAAGCGACGAUGCCGAGCCACUACCGCUUUUUGGGUUUGAAACAAGCGUUUUUCAGAUCCUACCUCCAACAGUGGCUAAAGUCGCGGCAGAGGAGGGGUUGAGCAAAGGCAACCGGGCUCCAAACAGCAACCCUCUUUCGGACGGUGUCAGUAAUAUUUACUCGACACAACAGGUGACUUUCGGGCAAUUGUUUGUGCUGGUCCAUGCGGUGAGCCGCCUACACGUGGCGGCACUGCCGUCGGAACCUUCUGAGAGGGACCCUGACUGCGCCCGGCUUGUGCUCGCACCGCCUGGUGAAAUUGAGCAAACCUUCUGCCAGUUUAUCUUCACACCGCGUUACACAACGCACGGUGAAGGAGAUGUCGUGUGCCGAGGUGAUGAAGUAUUGGUGCAGCUGUCCAGCAUCCCUAUAUUCCUUCAAACUACGGUGGUGUCACCUACACGCCCGGUAAAACACGAAACUUUUGGAAGUGCAAGCUUCCCCUACGAACCGACUGAUGGAUGUGGACGUGGGAACAGUUGGAGUGCUGGCACCCGUAUGGCACUAUCUGCUGUGUUGGGAGCACCAGAGGUUAACUUAUCGGAGGCAAAAGCACUCGUUUUUGUUGUUGAGCGCUAUGACAUCGAUCGAGAUAAAGCGGAACAUCAACGUAUUCUGCACCGCAUCCCCCGGCCGUGCGUUUCCGCAGGUGUGCCGGUAAUAUUUUACCAUCUCGAGCACAAGCGGGUACUGGCUACGAGUGUCGCAAUGCCCCCUUGCCAAGGGGGUGGCAAGAUUGGAGUGUCAGGCGUGGCGCCAAGGGGCAAUGAAGGUGGUGGGGAACGCGAUCAUUUGCUCAAGACAAGACAGACUCACUCAGUGAUGGGAAAUGUUACCGUGAUAUGCCACGCUUCAGGGAGGUUUGCUGCGGCGGGGAGUUCGAAGUCGCAGGGAAGUGAUUCCCAUUCCGCAGGAGCGACAAGCCUCGACUCCGACCCAUGUAGCACUAAAGGAAAGGCACCCGAUGACCGUAAAAGGGUGAAUGGUGUCGGUGGUGCCGCCCUCCCGCUCUUCGCAGUGGAUAAGGGUGUAGCUGAUGGAACGUUCAGUGAAGAGGGAGCCCUCAGCGGGUUGCAGUGCAGUUGCACCGCUUUGUGGAUAUUAGAAAACGAGCAACCAACGGUAGGUGGGGCCGUGAAUAUGAAUUCGGGAGUGUAUCGCCUCCGUCAAGCCUGUUCUAACUUAUACGUUGCUGUGGAAGGGUCAGCCGUUGAUACUAUACUUGAGGGGGACGGUUCUCCUGAGGGAUCUGUUGUGUCGCAGAGGUCCUGUUGUAACCUCACUGGAGAUAUCGUAAACGAGGAGGGGGGUGAUGUGGUUCGCCCCACAACGCUGUCCAUGAUUCCGCCACCACGUACACCGAAAGACCUUCAACGCACACUUUUCAGACUAAGCCCCAUGUUUAACACAGAUUGCGGGUAUCUUAUCGAGAAUGACUGCUUGCUACUGCAGAACGUCGCCACAGACAUGUAUCUGUGCACAAGUGAGGGAAGUGAAACUCUUUCUCUAUCAUGGAAGCCAUCAAAUAUUGAUUUGAUAGUCGUCCGAAGGGCCGCAACGGACGUCCAGGAUAGCGUCCUAUUUCUUUGGUCCCAAUGUGAAACACUUAGUGGGUACCGUGAUGCCUUCCAGGUACUGACAACGGAAGGAACGGCAACGCACCAGCAACAAACGGAAACGGACGGUGAACAUGGACAGGGCAGGUAUCCUUCGGCAGAAGGCUCAACCAGCCCCACUCUGAUGGAAGGAAGAAUGGCAAUUGUAUCGGAUUAUAAUCACAUUCCAGAAAGUUUUGUACGACCUAGCAAAACGUGCCCCAAAGGCAGUAACGUAGGUACUGGUUAUGCUUCGCUUCUUCCGGUUAUUUGUGCCUGCCAGCGUACACUCGCCGAGCUCAUAAUUUUUUGUUCAAUCUCUCCUGAACGAAAUGUUCUGCGAAGAGACGGCAUACCUAUCCCGAACCACCAGCAUAUGUUGGUUGAACUGUGCGUUCACCGCCUAGUUAUUGAUGUUAUUCUCGCCCCCUUUUCAAAGUUUGGGGUGAGAGCUGACCGAUCGGUGGGAAAGCAUGCACAAUGCUGCGGGCAGUGGGGCUGUUCUUCUUGGCUUCCACCGCUUCCACUGUCUGGCGGAGUGGUGGAUGUUAACGACCUUUUACUGAAGAUGCACCGAGAGAUUCAUAUCGUCUGUCGUCUUGGUUUUCGACUCUUAAGGCAAAUGGUCCGUCAAGCGCCGGAGCUCAAGGCAGGGUUUGAAAACUAUAUACCGUAUUUUCUGGCUUUUGACGGGUACAAGCUAGAGGUUGUCGAUUCGCUGACAAGGCUCUUUUCGGAGAACCCCGCCGUGAGGAACUCAUCUUUGGAACUUGUGGUUAAUCACUACAUCGCUGGCCUCCACCUCACGCGUUCCGGAAGAUAUCUGCAGUUGCUAUGCUCCAUGUGUUCUGUUGGGACCCACGGCGUGACGGAACGUCAGCGACUUGUGUGUCAAAAACUUCUCGUUGAAAAUGCUAACGCAUUGUACAGCUUUGUGCUUGAUAGUGGCGGCGAGUGGGCCGUUAAAACUGACAAGGAUGAACCGCCAAUACCGUGUAACAUCCUUUUUUCAGGACAGCAACAAGACGGCGGAGAAGAGGAAGGAACGAAGCUGAGGGAAUACGUGCAGAGCGAAUUGGAGCUACUGGGUGCCCUGUGUCUGGAUGGGUGCCCACCUUUAUGUAGGGAAGAAGUAGCCAAAGUGUUCCCUUCACCAGUGCUCCUGAUGGCUUUACGCAACUUUUCGCCGAAAUGGCCUGAAGUGAGCGACCGGUCGCGCGUCUGUGACGUUGUGCGGAGUCAUUUAAUACGUCUCGCAAUGCACUGCUACAUCCUUCCAUAUAUCGAUGACCCAGCUGUGCAGCUACGCGAGGGCGCCGUCCUGCUAGGUUCCAGCAAGUUGCAUCUCAAAGUCGAUGAAAAAACAGCCUUCUCUGGCAAGCCGGACAGUGAACUCACCCAGGCUGUGAAAGAGGGAACACUCCACGUCAUCCGUUCUAACACCCAUUUUGUACGGUCUGACACAGGCCGUAGUAUAUUGAUUCGUGCCGCAUUAGCGGCAUGGCUGCGGUUCGUUAGUGCACAUCAGGUUUCCGCCACGGAGACAGCCUGUCUGGUACCGUUGCUUCUAGAGCUUCUUGAUAGUAGAGACGACGAGGCUCACGACGGCAGCAGCAAAAUAGCGGAAUACACAUGGACACGCCUUGAAGUAUCCGAAGCGGGACUGCUCGUUGUUCGGGCUCGAGAGAUGAUUUGUCAGAUCCUUCUGCAAAUUCUUGAGACCGCUACUUACCGCGCAGCAAAUGAAAUUAACCUACUGCUGCAUGGUAUUUUGGUUACUGACCACGGCGCCAGCCUCGCCCACCAGCACGAUUAUUGUUCGUUACUCCGCAGGGCGGACGUCUCUUCGACCGGAGACCCGUUUGUCACAUCCCCAACCGAAAGAGACGCACUGCUGUGGCACAAAGGCAAGGCCAAUGACGGUAAUGGAAACCGUUGCUUUGGAUUGAACAGACGCAAGGGGCCCAGCGACUACCAGUCGACGGUAGCCGGUAGCGCCGUGACCACGCAGCUCAGUGGCUCCACAAAGGAUGUUGCCGCCUUCUUAGAUUACGUCAAAGGCAUCUGCAGUUGCAUCGUGCGCCCACUCCGUGUUGAUCAGCUGGUACCACGGCUCGUCGAUCUUGCACACCACGAUGGAUCACAAUUGGCACCAUACGCCAUGGAGUUGCUCGUUCGAAUCUGCACGGUGAGGCGCAGUGUGGCCCGUCUCGUGCUUCAAGUGCAUCCUUUCCCCUCCUCCGAAGUGAUUCAAUGUUUUGACAAUAUGUAUUUUGCUGCUGUUCAAGUGCGGUCAUCAUAUAUUCGAGGAUCCGUGGAGGAGGCCAUUGAUGUUGCCCUCCAGGGCAUCGACGGGUUAAGCACUCAAACUCAAAACGAGGUGACAGGCACAACGAAUGAGGGUAGAGUGGAUGACGGAGGCACCGACGAGUACUAUAAUGAUUUAACGGAGGAUGACGAGGAGAUCGAAGAAAUAGGUAUUUGUGAAGAACAAGAAGUUGAGGCAAGCUCUUCGUCAGCCCCCGAAGACCAACAUGAGGUCGGAGGGGAAAGCAAAGCACGGCGCCUGUGGUCAAAGGCAGCUGGUGCGGCCCGCAUCGUUGUGUAUCGAAACGCCAUAAUUGCACGCCGACGUUCUGUUGGACUAAGCGAAACGUCGCGCGUCCCGCUUCGCGUUGUUGUCCGUGCGGAGACAGUACGCCAUUGGCAAGUGCACAUAACUAUGCUCGAAAUGUACCCGUUCAUCGGCCCGUCGAGCCCUGCGUUCAGCAAGUGGAUGCGUUUCUUUUAUGUUUUCACGUUAUCCCAAAGUAAUGCCGAGUCGCUGAAGGCCUACAUUGAUAUAUUUAUGGGGGCCUUCAACCUUAGCAGCAACUGCGUUGUUAUGGGCCUCCAUAUUGUCCUCAGUAUUCUCGCGACAAUCAAAGAUCCAACACCACACCUAACUGACGCAUUUCUCCGCGAGUCCGCCCGUUACAUUGAUGGAGAAAUUGCUGCUCUUCACCCCGACGGAGAGUUUGCCACCAAGUUGGGUCUCCACGUCUUCACCAAGACCACGGUUGGGGGCAUUCCGCGACGUCGUAUGUUACAGCUGUUGCGUGACUAUGAUGCCUUCCGCUGCCUCCCCUCACCCGGAGUGACCGAGAAGCACGGGCGGGGUCGCUUCACAGCUUGCAUCGUUGAGAUGGUUUGCCGCAUUUGCGGUACAUCAAUGGGUGCCGUGGCGCUGGGGCGGUCGGCUCUGCCAGUGACUCAUCUCUUAGAAAUCACGCUGAGCUAUGGCACAUCCUACACCCCCCUGGUAGAGGUGCCGCGGCCCCGUGCAUUGUGGGAAAGUAACUCGUUCCAUCUUCUCGGUGCUUAUCUGUUGGCGCUCGUGUCGCUCUACAUUGCCGCGGGCGACGCAGGGGGAGACGGGGGUCGAAGACAACGGCAGAUGGAAUGGAUGGCGAACCGUGACUGGUGGUCGGUUGUGCUUUUGCUUUCACGGCAGCUAAAAGAGCUCACACGGCUAAUGCAGUCUAGAACAGAGACUGUGCUAUGGCGGGGACGCCGCAUUCUGCAGCGGUAUCGCCGGUUGUGGCUUGUCAAUUUACCGCUGGCACUGUUAACUUUCAUGACAGAAUGUUUUAAUGAGGCAGGUUUUUACAGGUACCGGGACGUUGUGGGAGCUACCUUCCACGAAAUGUGUAUGAGUGUCGCCGGGUUUAGCGAAGUGCUCCUCGCAAGUGCUGAUGCGAUACGGCUGCAGGCAAGAGAGAUGGUGGGUUACCGCCGCCUCGUGGCCCUUCUCCAGGUCCAGACGGGAAACCUCGUGGGUCACGAGCUUCUUUCAGGCACGAUGUUGACGACGCGACGCAAUCUACGACACGGCGUUAUCUGCUACUAUAAGAAAAUAAAUGAGGCCGAAGAAGAGGCCCGCGGACUACACCCGGACGCUCUCCUGUUGGCCGAGACCGGACCCCAGGCUGAAAACGACGGCAUCCAGGGUGGUUUAAUUGCAACAGCGGAUGUACCCACGCACACACAAAACGAUGCAGACGACUCGUCCCCUAUGGGAUUACUAAUAUCUGGUGCUGCGACGAAAUGUCUUGAUGCGGAGCGACUCCGUGGUGCACUGCGCAGUCUUGUGAACCGUGACCAACUGAUCACCAUGGAGGACAGCACGGACCUAGGUGAGCCGGCUGGGAUCAUGAACGCCCUUUUGUUAAGCUGUCGAGAACGGUCAAAUGUUCUAGACUUUGUGUCCACGACUCUCGGCUGCAUGCGGGAGCGAUCCUUUGGUUCCAUCACCCUUAUUGGUAUGCUAAACAUUUUCUCCAAUGCGCUACAUACAGCACUCAGAGAACAGGAGAGAGAAAGACUGAAACAUGUUAGUGCUGAGAACUCGUCGGUGAUCACCGACAUUUUUACGGUGAGGAGUUUUGAAACCGACUAUGCAAAGGAGAAUGCGGGAAGGCUACUGCAGACGACGUUCAGUGAUCUCGGUGCAACGCGCGCUAUUGCGUCCCUCUGCGCAGUGGACGACCAGGUAGUGGCCUACAGUGCUGUACAACUCUGUGUUGGUCUCCUCGAGGGUGGUAAUGAGCAUGCCCAGAAAGCCCUUCUCGCAUAUUUCCAAGAGCACCAAGAGAGAUUCUUUCACAACAUUCGAGACAUGCUUCACAAAGCCGUGGAUUGGGUGCAGUGUACCAACGCAGAACACCAGAUCGUUGUGCUUGAGAGGGGUGGAGUGGUUCCUAACGUAUCCAACGCACACGAAUUCACCCGCAUGCUUCUGACAAACGCACUCACCACGCCCCCAUCGCUCUACAGCAGUCUAAAAGUGAGGGUCGGACGCGGUACAGCGGUUGCAAGAAGACGACUUUCCGCGUGGGACCGAGCAGGCGGAAGUCUCAACCAACGUUUCGUUUGCACCCUAUUUCGUAUGCUCCAGCUCUUCUGUGAAGGGCACAACCUCAGUAUGCAGAACUACAUCCGCUCGCAGUACGAUAAUUUGCAUAGCGUAAAUGCUGUGCAUGAAGUAAUGAACCUCAUUACGGAAAUAGCCGCUGUUGUCCACCCGGCCACCGUCCGGAUGCUUCAGAGUGCAUUCGCGCUCCUAACUGAGCUGUGCCAAGGGCCAUGUCAUGAAAAUCAAGAGGCCCUGCUGGGUUACGGUGUGUGUGUCGUUAUCAGCAAGUUGCUCAGCCGCCUGAAUUUGCCGGACGUGACGGGCACUCCAUCCACUGGAACAGGCAUUACAAACUGGGGCGGCGGUGACAGCAACAGUACUGAUAACAAGGCUUCGGUCGACUGCUGCACCCUGAAUGAAACAGAUAGCGAAGGCAACGCUUUUUUACGUCUACAAGGCGGCUUUUUACUAAGCAAGGACGAUGCUGGAAACCUCCGUAUUGCACUCACACAAUGCCUACUCUCGCUUAUCGAGGGAUGUCGUUCACGGGACGUAUUCCACCAACUGCUGGAACAGAUUCCAGUCGAAGUUAUCGAGCGCGAGCUAACCACGGUGGACCCAGGGGCGUACGACAGCAUUCUUGAAAAUGAGGAACUGGCGAGUGACCCGGGUGUGGAGGCCCUCUUCAACUGGCUUAUUUUCCUGAAGACUGUCAGACCGUACGCGGAGGCCGAUUACUUGAAACGGAUUGAUGCAAUGCUUCAGCACACAAAUAAACUAUGCACUCGCCUCGGAUUCAUUGAAAUACAACGUGCGGAUGGAAUGCUGGAGAAAGUGCUGUUCCGCAUUCCACACGUCUGGCGCGGGUUGAUGCGUAGGAAUAGGAAGCAGAUGCUGGCGGAAAUUAACUGCAGCAGUCGUGCAGCGAAGCUCGGAGACUUUAUGUACCACAGUGACAACGUGAUCUUUGAAGUGGAACGUAGCUAUGCAUUCCAGUGCUGGGUAGAGCGCCGCACACGCUGGAGGUUGGACAACAGAAGUAGCGGUUGGAGAGGUAAAGAGUGUGAUGCCGGCAAAGUCGAUACUUCAGUCGACGCAGGCAAACCUAGGUGGACCCCAAAAUGGAAACAAUGCUCAGAUGCGCCCAAAUAUUUCUGGAACCAUUUCAUUGCACCCGUACUGUUUUGCACACACCUCGGUUUUUACGAGUACAGCUCCCUCCUCGUCGCUGUGGUUUUGAACAUUGCUUUGAUCAACGGCGAGGGGCGUCAUCGGAAUCUGGAAGAAUCCCAGCUCUGGGCUAACAUCAUAUCUGGCCUGUGUGUCCUGCAGCUUGUGUUGUCUUUAAUUGCAAUAACUGUGGAUACUAUUGUCUUUUUCCCGGUGUCGCUGUACGUACACUACCGCCAGAAACAGCAGCGGUUUUCCGGGCGGGCGAAGUUCAACGAAACAUUGCAAGGGGUUUUACGUGGGUUGAGUGCGAAAGAAAUCAGUUUACUGCUUGUGACGCGCUUCAGUUUCCAAUAUCGCUUACUUUUGGUUGUCAUGGCGGUUUUAAGCAUCUUCGUUUCAUAUUACUUUGCUGCCGCACACCUUACGCUUAUGGUUUACACGUUUCCCACACUUCGUACCUUUGUUAGCGCCAUCACGCACAAUGGCCGACAGUUACUCCUAACGGCCCUGCUUGGUGUCAUGGGAUUGUAUCUUUUUGCCAUCGCGGGCCGCAUUAUGUUCCCUGAGCAAUUCGGAAGCAACGGUGAGGUCGACGAAAACUCGGGGAAGAAAAACGACGAAAAUGGAAACUGCGACACAUUGCUGCGCUGUUUUACAUUUAUUCUGUGGCAGGGGCUGCGGCAGGGUGGUGGCGUCGGGGAUGUCAUGGAUGAGGUAUCAUGGAAUAGCUCAACACUUGUACCACGGGUGAGCUACGAUCUCAUUUUCUUCGCUCUUGUAAAUGUUGUCUUCCUCAACAUCAUGUUUGGUAUCAUAAUUGACACUUUCGGUGAGUUGCGCGACGACCGACGAGAGAGGGAAAACGAACUGAGGAGCACCUGCUUUAUCUGCGGCCUAGACGCGGACACACUUGAAAAGGGCCAAGUGGGCGGUUUCAGGGCUCAUGUGGAAGACGCACACAAUAUGUGGAUGUACCUUUACUUUAUUCACUACCUCCGUCAUAAGGACCCGAACGAGUUUACUGGUCAAGAGUCGUACGUCCACGAGAAGAUUCAAAGGAAUGACCUCUCCUUCUUUCCGGAGGAAGACUGUCUUGCGUUACAAGAAUGCAGGGAGGGCAACGGCAAGAGAACUGGAGAUGACGAGGCUGAUAGUGAUGACGAGCUUGCGAGCAGCGUUGUGGUAGGGGGCAGUGCACCACGCGGACCAAAGCCUGAGAGUGCACAUCCCGAUACCGGUGUGAAACUUGUGUUGAAGGAGCUGGCAGCUGUGCGUGAAGCUGUCAGUGCCCUUGCGCGGGAGGCCACAAUGGAAGGGGAGCGGACGAGGGGACUCGCCCAGCAGCUAGAGCUCAUAAACCGCAGCAGCCAGAGCUCAUCACUGCGGAAGUUUCCCGGCGGGGGCAGCGCAGCAUCGGUUGCUGAGACGAGCACAAGCAAGGGGACGUGGUUGCGGCACUCCGAACCAGAACACUAA